UAGGAACUUCAAUUCCCGGAGUACACUGCCACGGUAGCUACACGUGAUCCAAUCCGGGUUCGAAGUUUAUCGAAAGCGAGGAAAGUUUUCGUAUUACUGGGGAGGAUUUCCUCCAUACACAAUAAAAAUGCAACAAAACGGGAAAAUAACAGAACAUCCCAAACCAAAUCAGUGUUUGAGAAUAUUAUGGAGAUCAUGCAAUCUAUGCAUGAGUCUGUUUUUCUCUCUGGCAAGCUAUGUACAGAUAAAUGACCCCGACGCUGGCCUGUGGAUGGCUGCCUAUGCAAUUCCUGCAGGUUUGUGCUUAUUGAUAAGCCUUAACCCACACGUAACAGAGUCAUCACUGUGGAGGAGGCUUGCCGAUCUUCAUACACUAAUUUCUACAGCUGUGGCCUCCAUGUUAGGCUGGAUCCUUUACCAAAAACGCAUUCAGGAUGUCUUCCAGCAAGAGGAAGGAAGAGAAUUCUCUGGGCUGAUUUUGACAAUGGUCUGGCUUCUCCUGUGUAGACACUCUGGGAGAAAUCCGAUUGGUGUGCUCAGAGUAUGCACUGCGACUGCCAUCACGGUCUUCCCUUUUGUGGCAUGGCUGUACUACUACAUCAACAAAGAGCUGAGGUCUGCCUGGCCUUCACACUGUAAAACCGCUCUCUAGGCCCGCAGGCCGAAAAAUAAAGACACAAAAAAAUCUCUGAACCAGGCAGGGUUGAAUUUUAUUGAAAGAUUGCCAUUGCCAACAAGAAUGUUAUCUUUCCUAAUCACCUGACAAUCAACUAAGUCAGUAGAAGUAUCAAAAAUAUAUACCAAAUAUAUCUGAAUUACGUGUCAAUUAAAAUGUGCAGUGGCUGAUUUCUGGAUUGGUCAACAUUUUAUCGACUACCACAAACUCCACAUCAGUGAACAGUGAAGACAGUCAUUUAAAUAGAGUAAUUGUUCAUCUUUACACUCUAAACAUUCCAUAAUUCCAUUUUAUUUACUAAAUGUUGUGCUUAAAAGAACAAUCAGAUAUCUAUCCAGUGUAAAGAACCUAACAUAACCUGGAGCAAAAUCUGUAUAUAAUUAUUUUUGUGUGAGGUUUUGAGAAAUGUUCAAAACAAGUGAAAUUAAAAUAAAGGAAUUCUAAGAAUUUUUA